UGGAAGCGUGAUUGUGAGGGCUCGAUAUAUCUAUCCCUUUGCUUCUCCAGUUCGGCACAAAGACGAAGCAAGAAAAAUAAGAGCGAAACAGAACUCAGAAAUAAAAGUUGGGCGGCUCGAAGCGUGAUUGUGAGGGCUCGAUCAGUUCCGAAGAAACAUAUUGGUUUUGUUAUUGAUUGAUUGCAGCAGCGAGAGGAGAAAUGAGGCCUACACCGAUGGAGUUCUUUGCGGAGAUGGAAGAACAGGGAUCGACGGUAGCGAUGGACGUGGAUGAUGUCGAUCCACUUGAGAUAUUAGGCGAGGGAGUGAUCUCAGCAGAGAACAAGCUCGCCGAUGCCGAUUUCUUCAACUCCUUCGAGGACGAUUUUGAUGACUCCGACAUCAACUGAAACAAGAUGAUUGAUGCUAGUAUGUCCUACUGCUUUUUAGGGAUUUCAGCACUUCUAGUUUCUUGGCGAUAAAUUGAAAAUUGGAGACUGAUUGCUUUUGAGUACUUGAUUGGUUAUGGCAUAUUUGCUUGCUUUUCCCUCAA